AUGUCGAUGCUGCACUGCAUCGGCUAUGCCGCAGCCGCCAUGUCGUGCUGGAUGAAUAUUUAUUACAUUGUGAUUCUUGCCUGGGCCAUUUUCUAUUUCUUCAUGUCCCUUAGAUACGAUGUGCCAUGGAGAAGUUGUAACAACCCAUGGAAUACGAAGUUCUGCGUGAACGCGUACGAGCGCAACUCCUUGACGUGUUGGAAGAAGUUCUACAAUAGCACAGCCUUCAGCACCUACUGUUCCAUCAACCAGCAGAACAUAUCCACCAAAGAGUUGACCGACCCUGUGAAGGAAUUCUGGGAGUAA